UUGUCGCCCCAAAAAAUAGGUAUCUCUCUCCCUCUCCAACACUCUCCCCAUUCUCUGUUUCUUCUUCUUCUUCAUUUUUGAGAAAUCUUCCUGUCUCUUAUUGACUUCCAACAUGGCGAAUUCGGCAUCUGGAAUGGCUGUGAAUGAUGAGUGUAAGCUGAAGUUCUUGGAGCUAAAAACGAAGAGGAACUACAGAUUCAUCAUUUUCAAGAUUGAGAAUCAAGAAGUGCUGGUGGAGAAACUCGGAAGCCCAGAUGAAACCUACGAUGACUUCAACGAGUCUCUUCCUGCCGAUGAGUGUCGCUAUGCAGUCUUUGAUUUUGAUUUCAUCACUGAUGAGAAUUGCCAGAAAAGCAAGAUUUUCUUCAUUGCAUGGUCACCAGACGCAUCAAGAGUGAGAAGUAAGAUGGUGUAUGCGAGCUCCAAGGACAGAUUCAAGAGAGAAUUGGAUGGCAUUCAAGUGGAGUUGCAAGCAACAGAUCCUAGUGAAAUGAGCCUCGACAUCAUAAAAGGCCGAGCACUUUGAAAUGUAGUAAUAUUUUCCUUUCGCCGUUCAGCCAUUCAUAACAAAUUACGUUCCAUGCGCUAGCAUUGACUUUCAGUUCCUUGUUUAUUUUUAGUUCUUUCUUGUUGCAUGGGUUGUAUACUGAGCCUGUAGUUUUAAUGCCAUACUAUGAAUUCAUCCGUCAUGAUUACUACUUCUUUAGGUUGCUCGUUUUGGCU